AUAAUCCGUGUUCAGAGAGGAGUUUCAGCAGAAAACAGUUGGCAGAUUGUGAGGCGAUACAGUGACUUUGACUUGCUUAAUAACAGCUUGCAGAUCUCAACUCUAAGUCUACCUCUUCCUCCAAAAAAAUUGAUUGGAAACAUGGAGCGUGAGUUCAUAGCUGAAAGGCAGAAGGGACUCCAGGCGUACCUCGAUGUGAUUACCACCCAUCACAUACUGUCUAACUGCGAACUGGUAAAAAAAUUCUUGGACCCAAACAGCUAUUCUGUAAACUACACUGAAGUUGCCUUACAGCAUGUUUCAAUAUCAGAGCCAAAGUGGGAGGUGGUAGAACCAUUAAAAGAUAUAGGUUGGCGAAUACGUAAGAAAUAUUUCUUAAUGAAGAUUAAGAACCAACCAAAGGAACGGCUCGUGUUGAGCUGGGCUGAUCUUGGCCCUGAUAAAUACUUGUCUGACAAAGACUUACAGUAUGCUGUGAAACUUCUUUCUUCCUGUUCUCAUCCCUUUAUUUACAAAAUCACUUUUGCUACUGCCAAUGAAUCUUCAGCGCUGGUUAUUAGACCGUUCAGUGAAAAAGGGACACUAAAGGACCUUAUUUAUAAGGCAAAGCCAAAAGACCCAUUCCUGAAGAAGUAUUGCAAUCCUAAAAAAAUUCAAGGUCUUGAACUUCAUCAAAUAAAAACAUACGGAAGGCAAAUAUUAGAGGUAUUAAAAUUCUUGCAUGAGAAAGGAUUUCCUUAUGGCCACCUUCACUCUGCCAAUGUGAUGUUGGAUGGGGACACCUGCAAGCUACUGGAUCUAGAAAAUUCCUUGUUGGGACUUCCAUCAUUUUAUCGAUCAUACUUUUCACAGUUUCGGAAAAUUAAUACGUUAGAAGGUGUUGAUGUACAUUGCUUUGGGCACUUACUGUAUGAAAUGACAUAUGGAAGACCCCCAGAUACGAUUCCAGUAGAGAGCUUCCCUCCUGCACCAUCAGUGUUUGUUGUGUCUGUGUUGGAAUCCAUUCUGACCUGUGAAGCUAUGAAGAAUGGCAUGCCAACUGUUUCACGGCUCUUACAGAUGCCAUUAUUCAGUGAUGUCCUGCUAACAAACUCUGAGAAACCACAGUUUAAGAUUCCUACUAAACUAAAAGAGUCAUUGAAAACCUCCAAGGAAUGCAUAGAAAAACGAUUAACAGAAGAACAGAAAUUGAUUCACCAGCACAGAAGGCUGACAAGGGCUCAAUCGCAUCAUGGCUCUGAGGAAGAAAAAAAGAAAAGGAAGAUCUUAGCACGAAAAAAGUCAAAACGCUCUGCCUACGAAAGCGGGGAAGAACACUCAGCAAAGUACAGCAACUCAAAUAACUCAGCAGGCUCUGGGGCGAGUUCCCCAUUAACAUCUCCAUCAUCCCCCACUCCGCCCUCCACAGCAGGAGCAUCGUCGAUACCCCCAGCACCGCCACCGCCACCCCUGCCACCAGCAGCUCCUCCUCUGAGUACAGAGGUGCCAACGCAGCCAAGCCCGCAGCCCCAUGUCAGUGCAAGCCGAGGAGCCUUACUCAGCUCCAUUCAAAACUUUCAGAAAGGAACUCUGAAGAAAACACAGACGUGCGACUACAGUGCUCCCAGGAUCAGCUGAGGCUCCUGCUCGCACCAGCACUGAAUUCCCUCCCCCUCCUGUGCUGUCUAGGAACAAGCCCCUCCUGGCCGGUGACUGAUCCACCAGCAUACAGCAGCUAAUCGCCCUGUUGCUGUGUUUAUCCCUAUUGCAGCUUUCCCUGAGGAGCAGCUCUGCCCUGCUGAAUUGCGUUGCCAUGCUGUGAGAAGUACUCCAUUCUUCAUUCGGUUUCAACACCUUUGUUCUCCAGCUACAGUUUCAGGGGUACAGCAACUUCUAUAUAGCUGAAUAAAAAUCUGAAAAUAGGAAUGACCAUGAUCAUGGUGAAUUAAUGCUUUUUUUUUUUUCUAGCUCUGUUCCACCCCCUCUUUCAAAUUACAGGAAUGUAGUUUUAGUCUGCUCAGAUUUUCAGCUCUUUUCAUGCACUUGUAACUCAUCUUAAUUCUUGCUGCAAUGGAUCAGCAAGUUUUGUUUUAGAUAAUCCAACCCCCCCAACCCUUAAACCGUACUGCACAGGUGAGGGAACUGGAGAAUUAAAUCUUAUUCCCACCAUAUUUGCUGGUGAAGUAAAAAUGCUGUCUCAUUGAACUUGUUUAAGUGGACAUCCCACCUGUAACCCUAAGGGAAAAGUGUUUUAUAAACCACGAAACAGUUGAAAUUGGGAGUUAAUAGGGCACUGGGAUAUUAUUCUUGAUUUAGUUAAAUGCAAAGUUACUUCAAGUUAAUUCUAUAGCUUAAACUUUAUUGAAAGAUCCUUUUUGAUUUAAAACCUUAAACAAAUUGCACUUUAAAGGAUUAUAGAUAAUCCAUUUUUUAAAUUCAAGUACAUCAGUGUUUGUUACUAUGCAGAGAAUGUCUGUACAAAGUUUCAUGUAACCUGUGAUAUUCGGUCAUUUUUAUUAAAAUGUUAAUGGAA